AUGGCGCAGCAUUCCGAAAGCGACAUGAUUCUCAUCCUAGGUCUGCCGAGGACCGGUACACAGACCUUGACGGAAGCGUUGCGGCUACUAGGACAUCCUCCAGUCUACCACAUGAGCGAAGUCCCCAACAACCCGACCCAUUACCCAAUGUGGUCCGGCUUGAUUGAGCGCAAGAUCAAACACCCGGACACUCUCCUCACUGCGGUCGACUUUGAACCCAUGCUCAAAGACUACCCAGGCGGCAACUCCGACGUCCCGUCCGCCAUUUUUGGCAUCGACCUGAUCCACGCAUACCCCAAGGCCAAGGUCCUGAUUACCGAGCGGGACGAGGAUGCCUGGGUUGAUUCGAUGAAGAGGACCCUGGUCCUCGCCCACAGGGAGGAGCAGGCCAGACGCGAGGACAGGCUAAAGACGGGUACGCAGAGCGAGCUGGAGGAGCAGAAAUACAAUCUUCGCAUGGGCUAUCACACGUGGUUAUGGAACGACGACUUUGAGACCCACGGGCGGGCGUACUGGCGCAAGUACCAAAAGGAGAUCCGCGAGGCUGCCAAGGCGCACAGGACAGAGGGCGAUGUGCUCGUUUUUAACCCCAAAGAUGGCUGGGGUCCUUUGUGUGAGUUUCUGGGGAAGCCGGUCCCGAGUGACAUUGGUUUUCCACACGAGGGCAACAAGAGCGUCUGGUCCACCAAGGACAUGGAGCACAACUCUUCUGAGAAGAAAUGA